AUGUCACGCCCACAAAUAACCCAACCUGCCUCAUCCAUCGACCGUCUAGCUGUCAAGCUGCCACCCUUCGUGCCAUCCGACCCUGAAUUAUGGUUUUGCAUGGUGGAACGAAGCUUUGAAGCCUCGGGAGUCACAUCUGAAUCGACAAGAUUCGGGUAUGUAUUGGAAAACUUGGAUCCACGGUACGCAGCCGAAGUGCGUGACAUUAUAAUAAACCCACCGGCGACUGAACCAUAUGCUACCAUCAAAGCAGCACUCAUUCGUCGAUUGGGCACUUCGCAAAAAUUAAGGACCAAACAACUGCUGGGGCAGGAAGAAAUUGGUGACAGAAAACCAUCCCAAUUUCUGCGUCACCUUCAAAACCUGGCUGGAAAUUCUACUCCAGAGAAUCUACUACGCACAAUCUGGUCAGGUCGGCUUCCGCAAAAUCUACAGACGGUCAUAGCAACAAUGAAGGACAAGCAGUUGGAUGAAGUUGCCGAAAUCGCCGACUAUAUCAUGGAAGCAACGCAAACACAGUCCAUGAUAGCAACCACGGCCACACCUACUAAAAAGCAUGAGGACAUCCAACAGCUGACCAACAAGGUGCAAGCACUUCAGAUGGAUCUGCACCAAAUAAGACGACAUAUGGUGAGAGGUUCGAGGACAAGAUCUCGAUCUCAUUCGAGAGGCACUUCUUCGCAAAGACGAUCCAACAACAACAACAAGAGCAGUGACCUUUGCUUCUACCACAGCAGAUUCCAAGACAAGGCACGGAAAUGCAUUCCUCCGUGCAGGAAGUCAUCGGGAAACCUACAGGGAGCUCACUAA